AUGGCCAGGGAUAAGCCAGCAUCAACGAAGCAUCAGGGAAAAAAAGCAACAUCUCCAAACUCCCAGACCAGAGGGACGCGUAGAAAGACGUGUACACCACAACCCAACACACAACAUUCACACCAUCACAGACUAACGAAAUGUCCCCCAUCACCACAACCUAACAUUCAGAAUUUAAACCAUCACAACCCAACACUCAACAUCCACACCACCACAACCCAUCACACAACAUUCACGCUAUCACAGACUAACGAAAUCACAACCCAACACACAACAUCCACACCACCACAACCUAACAUUUACAUCACAGCACAACCCAACACACAACAUCCACACCAUCACAGACUAACGAAAUGUCCCCCAUCACCACAACCUAACAUUCAACAUGCACACCACCACAACCUAACAUUUACAUCACAGCACAACCCAACACACAACAUCCACACCACCACAACCUAA